UCCGCCCCGGCCGCGGCCCGACCCAGCGGGAGGAAGAUGGCGGCGCUCAUCCCCCUCAGCCAGCAGUUUCCUACUGGGAAUCCAAUAUAUGAAACAUAUUACAAACAGGUAGAUCCAACAUACACAGGGAGAGUUGGGGCAAGUGAAGCUGCUCUGUUUCUUAAGAAAUCUGGUCUCUCCGAUAUCACCCUUGGAAAAAUUUGGGAUUUGGCUGACCCGGAGGGUAAAGGAUACUUAGAUAAGCAGGGUUUCUAUAUUGCAUUGCGCCUUGUAGCCUGUGCACAGAAUGGCCACGAUGUAAACCUGAGCAGUCUGAAUUUGACUGUGCCACCUCCUAAAUUUCAUGACACUAGUAGUCCUUUGCUGAUCACACCACCCUCAACAGAGACUCACUGGGCUGUUAGGGUGGAAGAAAAAGCAAAGUUUGAUGAUAUUUUUGAAAGCCUUUUGCCAGUAAAUGGUUUACUUUCAGGAGACAAAGUAAAACCAGUACUGAUGAAUUCAAAGCUACCUCUUGAUAUCCUCGGACGGGUCUGGGAUCUCAGUGAUAUUGAUAAAGAUGGUCACCUGGACAAGGAUGAAUUUGCUGUGGCAAUGCAUUUGGUUUAUAGAGCUCUUGAGAAAGAGUCAGUUCCUUCACGAUUGCCCCCUUCUCUCAUACCACCUUCUAAAAGAAAGAAGACACCGGUCUUUCCUGGUGCAGUUCCUGUUCUCCCUGCGAGUCCUCCACCAAAAGACAGCCUCCGUUCCACGCCAUCCCAUGGCAGUGACAACAGUCUGAGCAGCCCAGGGAGCUUGUCUCCCAAGCACAUCAAACAAACACAGCCAGCUGUGAAUUGGGUGGUACCAAUGUCUGAUAAAGCGCGGUAUGAUGAAAUUUUCUUAAAAACAGACACAGACAUGGAUGGGUUUGUGAGUGGCCAAGAAGUAAAGGACAUUUUUAUGCAUUCAGGUCUGUCUCAGAAUCUCCUAGCACAUAUAUGGGCUUUGGCAGACACAAGACAGAUGGGAAAACUCAGCAAAGACCAGUUUGCACUCGCCAUGUAUCUCAUUCAGCAGAAGGUCAGCAAAGGGAUUGAUCCUCCACAAGUGUUACCUCCAGAUAUGAUCCCUCCCACAGACAGGAACACACCCAUCCACACUCUGUCAGGUUUCUUGACCCCUGUAGGAACUGAGAUCUCAGCACUAACAGAAAUGCGACGUGAUAGUGCAAGUUCUGUUGGAUCAGGAGAAUUUACAGGUGUGAAGGAGCUGGAUGAUAUUAGUCAAGAAAUUGCCCAGCUGCAGAGAGAAAAAUAUUCUCUGGAGCAGGACAUUAGGGAAAAGGAAGAAUCAAUCAGACAGAAAACCAAUGAAGUUCAGGAACUGCAAAAUGAUUUAGAUAGGGAAACAAGUAACUUGCAAGAGCUGGAGGCUCAAAAACAAGAUGCCCAAGACCGCCUGGAUGAGAUGGACCAGCAGAAAGCCAAACUGAAAGAUAUGCUGAAUGAUGUAAGGCAGAAAUGCCAGGAAGAAACACAGGUGAUUUCAUCACUAAAAAUGCAGAUUCAGUCUCAGGAAUCAGAUUUAAAAUUACAGGAAGAUGACCUUAACAGAGCAAAAGCAGAGCUGAAUCACCUCCAGCAAGAAGAAACUCAGCUAGAGCAGAGUAUCCAGGCUGGAAAAGUGCAGCUUGAAACAAUAAUCAAAUCUUUAAAGUCAACCCAGGAGGAAAUAAACCAGGCAAGAAGUAAACUCUCUCAGCUGCAAGAGAGCCAUCAGGAAGUGAGUAAGAGCAUUGAAGAAUACCAUGAAGCUCUCAAUGGGAUUCAUGGUGGGAGUCUGACAAAUUUAGCGGACAUGAGUGAAGGCCUUGGGCAGACAGAAAGAAGCAAUUAUGGAGCUAUGGAUGAUCCAUUUAAGAAUAAAGCCUUGAUGUUUACCAGUAAUACACAAGAAUUGCAUACAGACCCAUUCCAGACAGAAGAUCCUUUCAAAUCUGAUCCAUUUAAGGGUGCAGACCCCUUCAAAGGCAGUGACCCGUUCCAGCAUGAUCCUUUCGCAGAGCAACCACCUGCUCCAGCAGAUCCCUUUGGAGGAGAUCCCUUUAAGGAAAGUGACCCAUUUCGUAGUUCUGCCCCUGAGGAUUUCUUCAAGAAACAGGUGAAGAGUGACCCAUUUACUUCAGAUCCAUUCACAAAACCCUCCACUUUACCUUCAAAGCCUGACCCUUUUGAAAGCACUGAUCCUUUUACGUCUUCCAGUAUCUCUUCGAAAGGUCCAGAUCCAUUUGGAACACUGGAUCCUUUUGGAAGUGGGGCUUUCAGUGGUGGUGAGGGAUUCGCAGACUUCAGUCAGAUGUCAAAGUCAAUAACUUCAGACCCCUUUGACUCCUCUUUUGGAGGAGCGGGAUUCACAGAUGACCCUUUCAAAAGCAAAUCAGACACACCAGCAUUACCACCGAAGAAAAAUGUCCCUCCACGACCCAAGCCACCCAGUGGUAAAAGUACUCCUGUAAGCCACCUUGGGUCUGCAGAUUUUCCCAAGCCCCAUGAUCCAUUCCAGCCAUUUGGGGCUGACAGCAGUGACCUGUUUCAGAGUAAAAAGGGGUUUGGGGACCCAUUUAGUGGAAAAGAUCCAUUUGCUCCCUCCUCUUCAAGUAAAACUUCUAAAGACUCUUCCUUGGGGUUUGCAGACUUCAGCUCUUUUGGAAAUGAGGAACAGCAGCUGGCCUGGGCAAAGCGAGAGAGUGAAAAAGCAGAGCAGGAACGACUGGCUCGGUUGCGGAGACAAGAACAAGAAGACCUUGAGUUGGCCAUUGCGCUCAGUAAGGCUGACAUGCCAAACUCUUAAAGAGGGGCUUGGGCUGCGCCCUGCUUAAGAGAAACCUUGGAAUGAGGCUUUUAUAAAAAUACUAAAUCCUUGGUUUCUGUUGUGAAAAUAAUUUUGGUCACCUUGAGAUCUAAAGAAGACUGGCUCUUGAUUCUGGCCAGACUCUGUGUGGCUUCUCACGUGCGUAAUCUGCAGGAAACACUGUAUAAGCUGUAUUAUAUGUUCUAGAUAAAAAUUAUUGCUUGUAAGAAAUUUAACAUAUAAUCCUAAGGUACUGAAAGUUUCUUUAUCUGAAACACAAAUGUGGCAUAGAGUAAACUGAGGCUUGUGAAUCUGUUUUUUUAUAACCUGAGUUCCACUGAGUCUUUGAGGCUGCAAUAUGGAUUUCAAAGAAAAUGUCAUAAAAAGAGAAUAUUUGUAGAAUUAACUUUCACUUGUUACAUUUAUUUAAUAAUUCAUGGUAAGCUAAUCAGUACUUCUUCUGCAUCAUCUAUGUCAAAGCAUAAAUUUAUUAUUAGAUGGUCCCUUUUUAUCCAGAAGUUGUGGCUUUUACAAAAGAAUCUGACAAUUUAUAUAUGAUGGAUACAAACAGUGAGCUCUGUACAAAUUUGAAGACUCUAGAAAUUAGUAGUUCUUCUAAUUUAAACAUUUGUUUGCGUUGAGUUUUAAUAAUUGUAUGUGACUAAAAGAGGGAGUUAAUUCAGUUGUAGUAAAUGGGAUAAAUAAUUUAGCAGUUAAAUUAUGAAGUAAAAAUUUGCUUUAUUGCAAGCUAACGGGAUUGCAAGAUAGUGAUAGACAUUUGGGUGCUGCUUUAAUGUGACAUCAGGAAAUCAAGUGGUGGGAAAGUUGCCACGUUUGAGGAGCCCUCAUCCCUACAACUCACUGGACCUUCAUUUAUCCCACUCCCAGCACACAGACUGGGCUGUGUUACCCAAGUGACUCUCUGGGACAGUCUCUACCUCUGCUUCUUCAAUUCCACCUCUCUGGGGUUACAGAUCAAGCAGAUUUAGCUGAAAUGAAGCCAAGUUGAAUGAGAUUUUAGUUGCCAAAUACACAUUCACACAUCAGUUGUGGCAGCACUGUCUGGGUUGGCUCUAAAAUCCAGUUUGCAGUACUCAGACCAGGUAGGAGCAGGUUUUAUGUGCACUGAGUGCUUCCACCCGGAAAAGACAACACAGAAUGUGUUUGACGUGUCAUAGAAAAAAUAAGUCUGUGAAUUUAAUUUGCUUACUAGAAAUGCCUUUUCUGAUUACAGGAAUUCUAAAACUUCAGUUGUGUUUGCCUUGGAAUUUUCUGUCCCAUAGAGUAGGAAUCUAGCAUUUUUAAAUGUCCUCAGUCUUCUUUCCUAACCAUUGUUCUCUGGGAAUACAAAAGCUUUACAUUAUAUGUUUUUACUGAUGUGGCCCUUACCUUACAACAUUCUCUCUCUUUUUUUAAUGUCAGAUUCCUUCAUCAUCUUUAAUGCAUUUCUAUUUUUUAUGUCCUUGCUUCCUUACUUUUAUUUUCAUACUACAAUGAUAGUGCCUGCUCAGUGAAUGAAAACAAUCUUUCCCUGUUCUGUUGGGAUUGCCUUAUCCUGGGUGCUUUCCUUGCACAGAGGAGUCAGAUUGCAUCGUUUGAAGCAUCUUGGUAGUUUUCAGCUCUGGAAUGCAGCCAAGUUGUGGCAUUUGUAGUCUCGGGCUUUUGUGGGGAGGUAGGUGGGUGGGUGGGUGUGCAGACACACACAUCUAUUUGUGUUUAGGAUGUUAUUUUUAGGAGUCACAGCUCCCCUUUUGCUGUGUGUCUCCUGUGCUAAUGGUACUAUAAAUAAUGUGAACCUUUUAUUCUCCUCAGAAGGAGAGAUUUAUUUCUGAUCCCAAAACCAACCGUAUAAUGGUAUUUAAUACUGUCCCUUAAAUGAGCCCUUUGGGAUGCGAUAGAAGCUAUUUUUAAUUUUGAAGAACCUGAUUUGAAAUCCCAUUGCAAUAAUUUUUCUCUAAUACGUGUUUGAUUACAUGAUCAAACAUACUAAAACAUCAAAAAAUUCUUCUGUUAUAGUGUAUAGAACUUGAAGUCUCUGAGAGCUAACUUGUGUCUGUCUUUAGGUAACAUGAUAAAACUUUUGCUGUGAAAGAGCAAUUUUCAAAAGCAUCUGGCUGCACUGAUUCUCAGUGAAGUUAAACAAGGUGCAUCCAUGUGUAAAGAUCCUCCUGUUCAGUUGAACCUGAGCUGCUACAAUGAAAUUUAGAAAGUAAUACCAUUUCUGGAGUGGAUGAUGUCACUCCAAUGGCACAAGUGGAUGACUAAACAGCUUGAUGCAUGUUUGAAGUUCUGUACCAUAACAAGACUUUCUGCUGCUUUGUCAGGGCCCUAAAAUACUGAAUUUAUAAUGCUUCUAGGCCAAUGAGGUGACAUUUUCAAGAUGUCCAGCAGGGAGGCAGAAAUGUGAAUUAAUCCAGCAUUCUGUAUAGUGCUAGGGCUUGUUUAUGUAUUUCCUUAUUGACUCUUCCUCAUAUUUGCUUGGACAGAAACUGCAGAUCAGCAAAUGAACAAGGAGAGAACACAACAUAUUGUCUAUGCACAGUAUUAGAUAUAGGAACCUUAAAUUUACUGAAACACUCUUGAUUCAAAAUGUUGUCAUUGCAAUAGAAGAAAACCUAGCUGUGAUUUCUUGCUUUGUGUUUAAUACAGCUUUCCCUAUGAAAAGGAAGAUUCCCCACAUUCUUUCACUAUGCUGUAACUCAGUGUUUAUACAAUACCUGCAUUUGCUCUUUGAGGCAAAACUUUAUUGCAAGACAUUGACCUUCUUCCUCCAGACCAGUGAAAUUUAAAGCACAAACAGACCUGUUGCUAUUUGGGCAGAGAAAAUAUGUACAAUGUAAGAUAUGGAAAAUGUGAAUACCCCCAGUGCAUAUACAGUGUACA